UUUGACAUAAUUCACACAAUUUGUGUUAUUGUAAUAACGAUAGGAUUUUUAUUGGAAACUCUGUUUAAUGAGUGGAAACGUAAUGACAAGACGACCCCUCAAUGAAUAUUGACUCAAAGCUCUGAAAUCUAUGCGAAAAGUGAUUGAAAUUGUUAUUCAAUUGUUAUUUAUUUGUCAUAAUUAUUGCUUUCAUUUGCUUCACAAUCACUUCAAUUGAUUUGAUCCCUGUUUUACACCAUCCACUCAUUGGACACUCAACGCGCAAGUGAUGACAAAUCAGGGAACUCUUCAGAAAGCGAUAGAACUGGUGACCAAAGCCACUGAAGAAGACAAGAACAAGAACUAUGAGGAGGCGCUCAAACUAUACGAGCACUCCGUCGAGUACUUCUUGCACGCCAUCAAAUAUGAGGCGCAGUCUGAUAGGGCCAAAGAGAGCAUACGAGCCAAAUGUGUCCAAUACUUGGAGAGGGCCGAGAAGUUGAAGACUUAUGUCCGCAACAAAGACACCACUAAUAAGAACGACAAGAAACCCGUCAAAGCGGGCGAUGCGGCCAAUAAGGACGACGACUCGGACGAGGAGGACAAGGAUAAGAAGAAGCUGAUGAACCAAUUGGAGGGCGCCAUCGUGAUCGAGAAGCCCAACAUCAAGUGGUCAGACGUGGCCGGACUCGAGGGCGCCAAAGAAGCGCUCAAAGAGGCGGUGAUUCUUCCCAUAAAAUUCCCGCAUCUAUUCACUGGCAAUCGGAAGCCGUGGAAAGGGAUCCUUCUGUUCGGACCGCCCGGAACGGGAAAGUCUUAUUUGGCGAAAGCCGUGGCCACUGAAGCCAAUAACUCGACCUUCUUCUCGGUCUCGUCGUCUAAUCUGGUGUCCAAAUGGUUGGGCGAAAGUGAGAAACUCGUGAAAAACCUGUUCGAAAUGGCCCGACAGCACAAACCAAGUAUUAUAUUCAUCGAUGAGGUCGACUCACUCACGAGUAGUCGUUCCGACAAUGAGUCCGAAUCUGCGCGAAGAAUCAAAACUGAAUUUCUCGUCCAAAUGCAGGGUGUGGGUAAUGAUAACGACAACGUCUUGGUAUUGGGUGCGACGAACAUUCCCUGGGUUUUGGACGCAGCCAUCAGAAGACGGUUCGAGAAACGGAUUUACAUCCCAUUGCCUGAAGAACACGGAAGGCUUCAGAUCAUUAAAAUCAAUAUCGGAAACACAGACAACAAUCUGACGGAAGAGGAUAUAAGGGUUUUGGCCAAAAAGACGCACGGAUUCUCUGGCGCCGACAUAUCAGUGCUCAUGAGGGACGCACUCAUGCAACCCGUCAGGAAAGUGCAGAGCGCCACACAUUUUAAGAAGAUGAGCGGUCCGUCUCGAAGUGAUCCCAAUGUGACUGUCGAUGACUUGUUGACGCCGUGUUCGCCGGGAGAGAAGGGGGCCAUUGAGAUGUCAUGGGUUGACGUUCCCGGAGAUAAGCUCUUAGAGCCCGUGGUGUCCAUGAAAGACAUGUUGUCGUCAUUAUCUAAAGCGAAGCCCACUGUCAAUGACGCCGAUCUCGAGAAGUUGAAGAAGUUUAUGAAUGACUUCGGACAGGAGGGCUAACACUAAGCCAUUGAUUAUGAACUGUUUGAUAAAACUGUUUGACUUUUAUUUCAAUCAAAUUAUUAAAUCUGAUUACAAUUGUAUUAAACCUAUAUUUUUAGUAAAUUUUCCAUUAAAUGCUUAUAAACUAUAUCUUAAACGC